AUGUCGCCGGCAACGCGCAACCUUCCAUUUCUAUUUGGGCGCCAAGAACCGAGUGGUCGGGCAGCUGCAAGCCCUGGAAGCCCUGGCAGCAUAGCACCAGCGGCCAUCACGCCCACGCCGCCCACAGCGACUCCGGCCCCCAAAGUUGCAGGCGUGGCCACCGCAACUGCAUCACCACUGACGCUUUCGUCCCAAGAUUUGGCCAACAUUCACAACUUCGAUAAUAUCACUCCCCAUUUUACUCACCACCCUCAACCGCACCCUCCUCGCAAAUCCCUUGACCUCGCUCUACAGUCCUCUGCCCGAACCAGCAUCGAAUCAACCCGCUCCGAUUUACUUCAAGAUCCUCUUCCGCUGACCUUUGCCCCGACCAUGGCGGCAGCACCGGGGGGCUACUCGAUCAACGUAAACGAUCCCACCCUCAUUUCCCUUGUCAACAAACUCCAAGAUGUCUUCACAACCGUCGGGGUCCAAAAUCCGAUCGAUUUACCUCAAAUUGUCGUAGUGGGUUCGCAAUCCAGCGGCAAAAGCUCAGUCCUUGAGAACAUAGUGGGAAGAGACUUUCUGCCUCGAGGCUCCGGAAUCGUGACUCGCCGACCCCUCGUCCUGCAAUUGAUCAACAGACCAGUUCCGGCCAAACUCCAGACAAAUGGCGUCACCGAGGAGGAGAUGAAGAAGACCACCGACAGUCAAGCCAACGUGGAUGAGUGGGGAGAAUUCCUCCAUCUUCCGGGCCAGAAAUUUCAUGAUUUCAAUAAGAUCCGGGAUGAAAUCGUCAAGGAGACAGAAGCAAAGGCGGGCAGAAAUGUCGGCAUUUCACCACAACCCAUAAACUUGCGGAUAUACUCGCCUAAUGUGCUCACACUCACAUUAGUGGACUUGCCCGGCUUGACAAAGGUCCCUGUGGGAGAUCAGCCACGAGAUAUCGAGAAGCAGAUUAAAGAGAUGGUCCUCAAGCAAAUACAAAAACCCAAUGCGAUCAUUCUAGCGGUUACAGCUGCGAACGUCGAUUUGGCCAAUUCAGACGGUCUAAAACUGGCUCGGGAAGUCGACCCUGAAGGCCAAAGAACAAUUGGUGUCCUGACCAAGAUCGACCUGAUGGACGCCGGUACCGACGUGGUUGAUAUUCUUGCCGGCCGUAUCAUCCCGCUCAGGCUUGGCUACGUCCCUGUCGUCAACCGAGGCCAACGCGAUAUUGAGAACAAGAAGCGAAUAGAUUUGGCCUUGAAAGCAGAAAAGGAAUUCUUCGAAAACCACCCCUCUUACCGGAACAAGGCUUCAUACUGCGGCACUCCGUACCUGGCCCGAAAACUCAACCUCAUCUUGAUGAUGCAUAUCAAGCAGACACUCCCAGAUAUCAAGACCCGCAUCGCGACAUCUUUGCAGAAAUAUAGCCAAGAAUUGGAGCAGCUGGGUGCCGGUGACCUACUCGGGAACAACAGCUCAAAUAUCAUCCUCAACAUCAUUACCGAAUUCGCCAACGAAUACCGGACUGUCUUGGAUGGAAAUAGCGCCGAACUGUCGAGCAACGAACUUUCAGGCGGUGCCAGAAUUUCCUUUGUUUACCACGAGCUGUACUCGAACGGUAUCAAGGCCAUUGAUCCAUUCGACCAGGUCAAGGAUAUCGAUAUUCGAACCAUACUCUACAACUCGUCUGGCUCAUCGCCUGCUCUCUUCGUCGGCACCACUGCUUUCGAACUUAUUGUGAAACAACAAAUUCGACGACUCGAAGAACCGUCGCUGAAAUGUGUUUCUUUGGUUUAUGAUGAAUUGGUCCGCAUUCUGAGUCAGCUACUGCAGAAACAGCUGUUCCGGAGAUACCCCCAGCUCAAAGAGAAAUUCCACGGCGUCGUCAUUUCGUUCUUCCGCAAGUCAAUGGAGCCGACGAACAAGCUGGUCAAAGAUCUAGUGGCAAUGGAAGCGUGCUACAUCAAUACGGGACAUCCCGAUUUUCUCAAUGGUCAUCGUGCGAUGGCUAUCGUGAACGACAGACAUAAUGCCAACAAGCCGACUCAAGUUGACCCCAAAACUGGUAAACCACUGCCGCCGCAGGUGCCACCUCGGGCCGCAUCACCAAGUUUGCCCACUGAUGGCUCCGACCAAAACUCGGGGUUCUUUGGAUCAUUCUUCGCCAGUAAGAAUAAGAAGAAGAUGGCCGCCAUGGAACCGCCGCCAGCGACGCUCAAAGCCAGUGGAACACUGUCCGAGCGAGAGAACCAGGAAGUGGAGGUCAUCAAGCUGUUGAUCAACAGUUACUUCAACAUUGUUCGGAGGACAAUGAUUGACAUGGUACCGAAAGCAAUCAUGCUUACUCUUGUACAGUUCACCAAAGAUGAAAUGCAACGAGAAUUGCUUGAACAACUGUACAGAACACAGGAACUCGACGACCUCCUUAAGGAGAGCGACUAUACUAUCAGACGACGCAAGGAAUGUCAACAAAUGGUGGAAAGUUUGAGCAAAGCCAGCGAGAUUGUCAGCCAAGUGCAGUAG